AUCUGGACAUGGAGCUGGCCUACAAUGCGUCAUCGUCGGCGGCCUCCGUCGCCUCCGCCUCUGCCUCGGCCUCCUUCGCCUUCACCAAUACCGCAAAGCUACCCAUCGAAACGGUGAAGCGGCUGAUUGCCGCCGUCUCCCGACGACCCAUGCUGUGGCUGCGCAACAAUGCCAAUGGCCAGAAGCGUAGCGACAUCACGCCCGUUUGGUUCGAGGUGGGUCAGGAUGUGAAUCUGCCAGCCGACAUCUGCCGCAUCAAGUGGGGCCACCUGAGGGACAACUUUCGCAAGGUGUACAUCCGCAAUAACCUGUCCAAUGAAACGCCCUCGUCGUGGCGCUUCUAUAACGACAUGAGGUUCAUGGAGCCCGCCGUUCAUGAGAAUAUCAUGCGGCAGACGCGGAGCAGCAGCAAAAAACAUCCACCUGGACACUGGACAGAGAAUAAUAACGUUUUGGUACCGGGCAAGUACGACGCAAUGCCCAUUGUGGCAACGGAGCCCAUUUGCGAGAUCAGCGAUAGCUACGACUCGGAGCUGCAUCAGCCUAGCUUCUCGGACAUUAGUUCGUUCUUCGAGGAUCGCGAGUGCCAUCCGCCGGACAGCAAACGAUUCAAGAUAGAGCCAAAUCAGGCGGAGGAUGAGGAGGAAGAGGAUGAUGAUGACUUCGAUGAGGAUGCUGCCUCGGAGAACCUUGAUGAGGAGCGGGGAAAACGGGCGGAGACCACAAACCCCGGGGUAUACACCAUAGAAGUGCUAGACGAUGAUGAAGAAAUGGAGCAGGAGGUUACCAAGGCCAAGAGUAACAACACCAGCCACAGCUCCAGCCUAAAGAGUGAGCCGGAGGCCAAGGUUUUUUCCAACUCCCAGUCCCCCUCCUCCGAUCUGCCCUUCAAGUACAUAAGCACGGAUGCAGCCACCAAUACGGAUCCCACAGGUGGCGAUCUUCAGGACGAGGCAGAUCGCAUGUUUCUGCUUAGUCUGAUGCCUUUCCUGCAGAGAUUGGACAACCGUCGCCGGCUGCGGGUGCGCCAGAAGCUCCAAAACGUGCUAAUCGAGGAACUGGAGUUCGGCUGACCAUACCAAUCCGGAUUCCCGGGCGAAUGUGGGAAAUGUACUUUAUAAGCCUAGCUUACAGUAUUAUAAGAACGCGACUGACUAACUCUGUGAAUCUGCCUACAUACGUAGCAUGUAAUCAGUAUUCCAGCCUGCCUUCCUUUAUACAAACACACUUUCAUGCAUACCAUAUUACAUUACAAUACUUACAUUCGUACGUUUCAAAUAGACGAUCACGCCAGUGUAA